CUGAGCAAGCAACGAGAGUCACACAUCAGAAUGGCGUUACUCGUGAGUGUAUUGGCAUUGUUAUUCUCUGUGACCAACGCUUACAAAACUCCUCACUAUGUCAACGGCCAUGAUACUAUGGUCCAUCUUUUCGAAUGGAAAUGGAAGGACAUUGCGGAUGAGUGCGAAAGAUUUUUGGGACCGAUGGGCUACGGUGGAAUACAGGUCUCACCGAUUCAAGAGAACGUAAUUGUAUCUUCUCGGCCAUGGUGGGAAAGAUAUCAACCAAUAUCGUACUUAUGGAGAACGAGAUCUGGAAACGAGCAAGAAUUCAAGGACAUGGUACGAAGAUGUAACAAUGUUAAUGUAAGGAUAUACGUUGACGUUGUGUUCAAUCACAUGAGUGGGAAUCACAAAGAUGCCAAAGGAACUGGUGGUUCGACAGCAGACACUUAUAAAUACGAUUAUCCUGCCGUACCGUACUCGAUUAAAGAUUUUCAUCCUAAGUGCGACAUAACGGAUUAUAGAAAUGCAAGUAACGUACGCAAUUGCGAAUUGGUGGGACUUCACGACCUUGAUCAAAGCAGCGAGUACGUGAGGGAAAAGAUCGUUGAGUUUUUGAACGAAGCUGUUGACGCUGGGGUCGCUGGCUUUAGAAUCGAUGCAGCAAAACAUAUGUGGCCAAAAGAUUUAGAAGUCAUCUAUUCGAGAAUUAAGGAUCUUAACACGAAACAUGGAUUUCAACCUUAUUCAAAGCCAUACAUUUUCCAAGAGGUUAUAGAUUAUGGUGGCGAGGCGAUUUCAAAAAAAGAAUACGAGUUCGCUGCAGUGACGGAAUUCCAAUACGGUCGCGAACUCGGCAAUGCUUUCUUUGGCAAAAAUGAUUUGAAAUGGUUUGUUAACUGGGGCGAAGCUUGGAAUCUCAUGCCUUCGUCCGAUGCUUUGGUAUUCAUUGACAAUCACGACACUCAACGUUCCGACGGUACACUCAUCUACAAAUUUUCCAAGUUGUACAAGAUGGCCGUAGCGUUCAUGUUGGCUCAUCCUUAUGGUACACCACGAGUCAUGAGCUCUUAUCAUUUUAAUAAGUUCGACGAUAGUCCACCAGCGGAUUCAGAUGGAAAUAUUCUCUCUCCGAUUAUUAACGAAGACAAUACCUGUGGAAACGGUUGGGUCUGUGAGCAUCGUUGGAGACAGAUAUAUAACAUGGUGCGUUUCCGAGUUGCUGUUAACGGUACCAAGUUAAAUCACUGGUGGGACAACGGUAGUAAUCAGAUCGCAUUCUGUCGAGGCAAUCGUGGAUUCAUCGCGAUCAAUGCCAACAGUUGGGACUUGAAAAGAACCUUCGACAGUUGCUUACCCGCUGGCAGAUAUUGCGAUGUCAUUUCUGGAAAUCUCGAGAACGGCAGAUGUACAGGUAAAGUGGUUGAAGUUACAGCCGAUAAAAAAGCGUACGUCGAAAUACUUUCCGGAGAAGAAGAUGGAGUUUUGGCUAUUCACAUUAACGCCAAAGAAAACUAAAAGAAAUUAAAUCGUUCUAAAACAUAUAUGAUUUUAAAUUAUCUAACGAACAUAUUUCUAUAUUAAUUAAUUAUCUAUGGGAUAGAUCAUCGGAUUAAAAUAAUCCAUAUUAUUUCAUUCGAUUUAUGGUUCCUGUAAUCAGGUCAAAAAGGAAAGCGACUGGUAUCUUUCAACAAAUAUAUUGUAACAGAAACAA